UUAUCGUUGUUGUUAUUUAUAUUCUCGAAAGUGUGACGCUGGUCGCUGAUGUCUUUCUCCUUAGAACAAUCAAAUAAAGAAGCAUAGAACAAGUUGAUUGUCCUGUGUCCGCCGCCCGGUAUUUCGUUUUUGUGAGUUUGCGACCGUCGUCAUUAUAAUUUACGCUACAGUCACUAGUCAGUAGGUUUAAAACAGCAAUAAUGUCAAGCGAUUCGAUUAAAUCAUUCAACAAUGUGGAGUCACCUGGAUUCGUCGGUUUUGCCAAUCUGCCGAAUCAAGUACACCGUAAAUCCGUGAAAAAAGGCUUUGAAUUCACGCUUAUGGUGGUCGGUGAAUCAGGUCUUGGAAAGUCUACGCUUGUCAACAGCCUUUUCUUAACGGAUUUAUAUCCCGAACGCACCAUUCCAGAUGCCAUUGCAAAAACCAAGCAGACUGUUAAAUUAGAUGCAUCAACUGUAGAAAUUGAAGAGCGUGGUGUUAAAUUACGACUUACCGUAGUUGAUACUCCUGGUUUUGGGGAUGCCAUAGAUAAUUCAGAUAGUUUUCGAGCUAUUAUUCAAUAUAUUGAUGAGCAGUAUGAACGAUUUUUAAAAGACGAAAGUGGAUUAAAUAGACGUCACAUUAUUGAUAAUCGUGUUCAUUGUUGUUUCUAUUUUGUUUCUCCGUUUGGUCAUGGAUUAAAGCCAUUGGACAUUGAACUAAUGAAAAAACUGCAUAAUAAAGUGAAUAUUGUUCCUGUCAUUGCCAAAUCCGAUGUUCUUACUAAAAAAGAAAUACAGAAAUUAAAAAAAAGAAUACUAGAAGAAAUUAAUGCUAAUGGAAUAAAGAUUUACCCUCUACCUGAUUGCGACAGUGAUGAAGAUGAAGACUAUAAAGAACAGGUUAAACAAUUGAAAGAAGCUGUACCAUUUGCUGUCUGUGGUGCAAAUCAAUUAUUAGAAGUCCGUGGUAAAAAAGUCAGAGGACGGUUUUAUCCUUGGGGUGUUGUUGAAGUUGAAAAUCCUGAACAUUGUGACUUUAUCAAAUUACGCACCAUGCUUAUCACACACAUGCAAGAUCUUCAAGAAGUAACACAAGAAGUACAUUAUGAAAACUACCGAUCUGAGCGUUUAGCGAAAGGAGUACCUGUGCCAAAAAGAACAACAUCAUUACCUGAACAUGAGAAAAAUUCUGGCUCAGAAAAAGACAGAAUUUUACAAGAAAAGGAGGCUGAACUUAAACGUAUGCAAGACGUCAUUGCCAAAAUGCAAGCUCAAAUACAACAACAAACACCUUAAUAUAAUUUCAAUAUUAACAAUUUACAAAUUUAUCCAACGACUGUGUAGAGAAAAAUACCUCUUGAUUCCAUGAUGCCAUUAAAAAUACUAUUUUAUUCUUAUGAUCAGUAUGAUUCCAGAUAAAAUUAUAAUUUUAUAUUUAGAUGUACUUAAUCUUUAAACUAUAAUUAUUGUUUGAUAAGUAUUCUUUAAUAAUUGACGUUUAAAAAUAUUAUUUACAAAUUUACAAUAUUAUCUAAAUUGCAGUCAUACAUAGCCAAAUAGGUAUGUACCAUAUGGUGCCUUUUAAUUUUUACUUGUUCAAACUUGAGCAUGUCCAGUAUAUAAUAAUAAUUUUCAUCAUACAACUGAUCUAAGAUUCAAAUUAAUGGCCUAUAAUUUUAACAUAAUAUUUUAUUUAAAUUAAUUAAUCAUAUUUCACCUAACCUUUAGUUAAGAUCUGAUACUUAUAUUUUUAUACUUUAUCUAUAUUUAUAAUAAAAAUUAAUUCGGGAUUUAAUUUAUAAUUAUUAAAAAUAUGUAUUUUAUUUUGAUAGUUCUCAUUUAUAAUAUAAGGAAGUACCUCAAAAUUAUUUUAGAUGACUAUGAUUGAGUAUUCUGAGAUUCAACAUAAACAAUUUUGCAUGUACUUAAUUAUAAUCAUAUAUAUAUUUUUUAAAUAUUCCAUAACACUUAUAUGUACUUAUAGCAGUGGUUCUUAACCGGUUUUCUGCAGAACACAGGUGUUCCGUGGACUUAAUUUAAGUAUUCCGACAAAAUUUCAAAAUCAAUGAAAAAAAUUUAUUUAGUACUUCUAUUUUCAUUCUCUUAACAUUUUGACUUUUAAAACAAAACACAAUGAUAUAAGUAAGACGUUUUACUAAAAUAUUUACAAACUGUUUUAUGCUAUACAUUUAUUGUUUAAUAUAUUAAACAAUUGUUAAAACAUUAAUAUAAUUACAGUUUUAUUUUACGGCUGUGUUCCGCAAAAACCUCAUAAAAUGUUAAGUGUUCUGUCAUUCGAAAAAGGUUAAGAGCCACUGAUUUAUGGUAAUAUAAUAAAUACUGUACAUAUUAUAAUAUACUAUAUUCUUUAUACAAUAUAUAUUAUUUAUAUAUUUA